GGUCUUAUAGAUGCAAGUUCUGCAGAACUCACUUGGCUCUUGCAGAUGACCUCAUCUCUCGGGCAUUUCAUUCGCGGAGGGGAAAAGCAUACCUAUUCAAUAAUACAAUAGGGUUGCUGAAAGAAAAAAUCGUCACCUUCUUGAAGUGGCUCGUGCAUUAAUGUUUCAGACACAUGUACCCAAAUACUACUGGGGAGAUGCCAUUCUUGCUGCAGCAUUCUUGAUCAACCGUUUAUCCACUCGGGUACUUGACCAUGUAAGUCCUAUUCACUCUAUAACUUUUUUUUUCCCUUCUAUUCCAACUUUGAGUCUUCCUCCAUGAGUGUUUGGGUGUGUUGCUUUCGUUCAUGUUCAUAAACACCAUCGCAGUAAGUUGGACCCUAGGGCUAUUAAAUGUGUCUUCCUUGGUUAUGUUCCUGAUAAGAAGGGCUACAAGUGCUAUCACCCUGGUAGUCGGAAAUUUUUUGUUUCUAUGGAUGUUACAUUUCAGGAAUCUGAGUCCUUUUUCCAAGGUCCUUAUCUUCAGGGGGAGAAUAAUUCAUCAGAAAACUCAUCACCUUCCUUCUUUGAGUUUGAAUCUUUAGUGUCUACUCCUUUACCUGUGUCAGUGUCUCCUCCUCUUGUUCCUGUUCCUUCUAUGUCUGAUCCUUCUAUGACUGAUCCUCCUGUGACUGAUACAUCAAAAAGUGAUCCUCCGUUGAUUGAUUCUUCUGUGACUGAUACAUCAAGUACACCAGAAAUACGAAAGAUUGUGACACCUGAGUUGGUAUAUCAAAGAAGGAAACAGCCCACAUUGACUCACCAGCAACCUCAAUCGUCUGAACCACUGGGUGAACAUCACAAUUGGUGCACCAGAAGAAAGGGUGAUGCUUUCAGGAUUGCAUACUGUGGCAGAUAUCUUUUGCUGUUGCUGUGGUCAAAUAAUUGGCUGGAAAUAUGAGUCUGCGCAUGAUAAGAGCCAAAAG